CCCCGGAGGCUGCGGGGUUCCUCCCUUCUGUGCCAGACCAUCGGGGGAGAUAGUGCAGGCAGCUGGGGGGAAGCAGAGCUGCCGUCCGCUGCCCGCCAUGGCUUCGGGGGCGCCCGGGGACCGGCUGUGCGAGGAGGCCCGGUGCUCGGUGUGCCUGGAUUUCCUGCAGAACCCGGUCAGCGUGGACUGCGGCCACAGCUUCUGCCUCAGGUGCAUCUCCGAGUUCUGCGACAAGGCCAGCAGCACGCAGGGGGGCCUCUACGCCUGUCCGCAGUGCCGGGGGCCCUUCAGGCUGGAGACCUUCCGGCCCAACAGGCAGCUGGCCAGCCUGGUGGACAGCGUGCGGCAGCUGGGGCUGGGCCUGGGGACCCCGGGGACGCGCCAGUGCCCACGGCACGGCGAGGAGCUGAACCGCUUCUGCGAGGAGGAUCAGGAGAUCCUGUGCUGGGUGUGCGACACCACUCCCGAGCACAGGAGCCACCACACUGUACCGCUGCAGGAGGCCGCCAGGUGCUACCAGAUGAAGCUCCAGAUGGCCCAGGAACUUGUGAGGAAACAGAUGGAGGAAGCCUUAACUCAGGAGGCCAGUGUGGGGAAGAAGACUGUCAUUUGGAAGGAGAAAGUGGAAACACAGAGGCAGCGCUUCCGGUCGGAGUUUGAAAAAUACCGUGGCUUCCUGGCCCUGGAGGAGCAACUGCAGCUCAGAAGACUGGAGGAGGAAGAGAGAGCCACCCUACAGAGGCUGCGGGAGAGCAAGAACCGGCUGGCCCAGCAGAGCAGGGCGCUGAAGGAGCUGGCAGGGGAGCUGCAGGAAAGAAGCCAGCGCCCAGCGCUGGGUCUGCUGGAGGGUGUGGGAGGAGCCCUGAGCCGAAGUAAGAGUGUCCCACGGCUGGAACCGGAGCCCAUCCCUGUGGGGCUGAAGACAAUGUGCUGCAUCCCUGGGAUGAGGGAGAUGCUGAGGAAGUUCCAAGUUGACGUAAAACUGGAUCCUGCCACAGCACAUCCUAGCCUCCUCUUGACCGCAGACCUGCGCAGCGUGCAGGACGGAGAACUGUGGAGGGAUGUCCCCAACAACCCCGAGCGAUUUGACACAUGGCCCUGCAUCCUGGGUUUGCAGAACUUCUCCUCGGGGAGACAUUAUUGGGAAGUCGUGGUGGGAGAAAGAGUAGAAUGGGGGUUAGGUGUCUGUCAAGACACAGUGUCAAGGAAGGGGGAAACCACACCAUCUCCGGAGAAUGGGGUCUGGGCCAUGUGGCUACUGAAAGGCAGUGAGUACCUGGUCCUUGCCUCCCCACCAGGGCCUCUCCUCCACCUGGAACGGCCGCGUCGCAUUGGGAUUUUCUUGGACUAUGAAGCAGGUGAAAUCUCCUUUUACAACGUCACAAUUGGGUCUUACAUCUACACAAUCAACCAUCUGUUCUCUGGUUUCCUCCGACCUUACUUUUUCAUCUGUGACACGACUCCAAUAAUGCUGCCGCCUAUCACAGAAGUGGAGUCAGAAAGCUGGGCGUCCAGAGCUCGCUUUGACCGUGCUAUUAGAGAUGACCUUUCCUAAAAUUCUGUUCCUGAGAUAACACCCCUAAGCCUGGCAAAGCUUCCCGGAGUAGAAAGGAUGAAAUGCAUAUGUGAAGGCUCAGUAAAUGUCCCCAUUUACGUCAGCACUUUACUUCUGGUCACUAUGGGAACUCUCCCACAGGGACAACAGAGAACAUACAAAAUUCUUGCAUUUGGAAGAGGAUUGUGUAGUAUAAUAAUUUUAGAGAUGGAACAAUCCUAUCACUCUUUUCCGAGAUGGCACCAACACGCUUUCUUGAUGAGAUUUUCUUCCAAUGAAUGGAUCUUGUAUUAAACAAAGAUAUCUAUAUAUUUACUAUAAUGUCUCACUCCUACAAUCCUUUCAUUCCAAGUUCUCCACAUAUUAAGAAUUAGAAAUGGCAAUUCUUAAAUUGGUUCAGAACAGUCCAAUAUCGUUCUAGCACCAGAUCCAUAAUUCUGUUUCUCCUUAUUUUCCAUCUUCUCUUCUUAUUCUGUUUCUCACUUUUUCUCUUUAUUGAUUCUUUUUUUUUCGCUUUAUACUUCUUACUGUCACCUUCCAUUUCCUCCUAAAUUAAUAUAUUCACAACCAUUCCUUUAUAUACUUAUGAUUCCUAUGACUAUAUUCCAUUACUCUUUAAAUUGUCUUUACUCAGGGAUCAAUUUUGGGAAAUGAUGACAUUCAUUCCUAUGAUUCAAAUAUCACUGAGUCCCACCCCAUACCCUUUUGCAGCUUUCUUCUUUAUCUUUGUAUAGACUUUUUUUUUACAUUAGAAAUGGCUCAAAAUUAUGAUUCAAUGAAUUCUUUGACCUAGCCAUUUACUAGCUGUAAGACCUUAAAUAAUCUCUCUUUCUCUCAGUCUCAGCUACUUAAUACGAUUCCUAUACGUAGAGCAAUGAUACAGAUCUCACAAUGAUUUGGUCAAUAAUUAAGGUCAUGAGUUAUAUAAUUCGUUUAAAUUCAACUCUACUACUUAAAUUCAAUAUAAAAAUGACCAUAAUGAUGAAACAAAAUAAUAUUCCACUAAUUUUUAAAGAAUUUUCUGUACAUUUUCAACAAAAUUCUUUUUUUCCAACAAAAUUCUUAAAAAUUAUUGAAAGCUAACUUUGUUGCCAUCUUUAUAUCUAAUAAUUGCUAGCCAAAUGCUAAAAUGAUUCAAUGCUAAAUAUUUAAAUGCUGAAUAAUUACUAGUUAAUGGAAGAUUUAAAUAAGAUCAUCCCAGUAAUAAUCUGUGGAGACUGUAAUCCUCUCCCUUUACUUUACCUUCAAUUUUAAGGAGCUUUCCUCUUCCAAAGUGAUUCCUUUGACUAAGAUCUUCCACUUAUUUUGCAAUAACAUUACUAGCUUAGUUUUUUUUCUAUAUUUUUAACACGUUUCUUCUCAGACUUUUUGUUUCUGAAGGAGAAUUAUGGAUCAUCAUAAUUUUAGGAACAGAGAAAUUUUGUCAAACUGUAUUUCCAGAUGGCUUUACAUUCUUUAUUGAUGGAGGCUAGUGUUCAACAAACAUUUCUAUACGUUCACGUUUGAUAUAUUUAUGUUUGAUCACAAGCAAACAAUUCCGCCCUCUGUUUUGGAAACUGAAGUGAUAAGAAUGUGUAUUUACAUUCCUCUUGUUGAUACUUUAUAUAGCAUACCUGCCUUAGGUCUCUUCCAUUCAUGAUCCAAGCAGAAAACCCUGGGUCUCAGUUCAUGCUUCCCCAUCACCAGGGCUUAAAUGGGGCCUAGCAACUUUGUGCAACACCUGACUGGUCACUAAGGGCCCGCACUCCAUGACAGAGAACAUACACACAGACCAGUAGAGCCCCUUCCCCGUAGGGAACAAGAGGGACAGAAUCAAUGGUCUAAGAUCACGCCACCCCUGGGAGCUCCGCCCAUUCACUGGGACGAGGAAGCCUCAUGGGCCCGGGCCUUCUGCUCUCCUCAGAGGGUGAGAAGGGAGUCCUGUGAAUGCCCCCUCCCUACUGAGAAAGCCAACAUCUUAAGUCUCCACUUCCCUUUAACCCUGUUAUCUCAUUGUGCAUCUUAUCAUGACUUAUGUUAGUUACCAAACCAACUUAAAUCUUGCUUCAGCCCUUGCAUUCCAGACUUCACAAAGCUUUGUGCAUUUCUGUUAAGACCCCUUCCCAAUUCCUAAAAGGGUUUCCACUGUUCUUUUUGAAAUUCUGGUUCAUUAACAGCAAAAUUCUUCAAAUGCACAUCUAUUCCUUUGCUUUCCCUUUACCUUCUUCUCCAUCCUUUCUACACACACACGUGCAGACACACACAAUCACACAAUACACAGAGGCUUCUCCAGUGGAUGGUAACUCUCGGUUUUUGUUUUUUUUUUUUUUAAUUAUUCAGGCCAAAAAUCUAGUUAACUCCUUUCUUGACUUCACUUUCCCAUAUCUAGUCCAUCAGUAAAUCUUGUUGGCUCUACCUUCAGACUAUAUCUAGAAUUCAACCAGCUCUGACCACUCUUCUGCGAUAACCCUGGUCUGAACAUCCGUUCUCUCCCUGUGGGCUGUAACAUUAGUUUCCUAGCAGUAAUCCUCACCAUACCUCAGCCCCUCCCACAUCCCUUCUUAAUGCAGCAGCUCGGCCGAUCCUUUUAGUACCUGAGAGAUGAUAGUAUGAUUGUAAUAACUUCCCAUUCAACCUAGCGUUAAAGCCAAGACCCUGGAAGAUCUGAGCAUCAGUUCCUUCUCUGAUUCUGACUCCCUUCCUUUAAUUACCUUUUGAUUCUUCCUCCCAUCUACUCCAGACCAGGCACUUCCCACCAUCAGCCCUUUCUCGACCUGCAACUCCCUUUUCCAAGAUGUCUCUUUAACUCAUUCCCUUCCUUCCUUUAAGCCUGCUCAAAUCCAGCUUCUCGGUGAGAACCGUACCACCUGACCCACCCCAGAGCCCACCCAAGCUCGCCACCCAACCUCUUCACUGGGCCCAACAUCUAAUGUAUUAUUAUACUAUUUAUUACGUUUGUUUAUUUGUUUAUUUAUGUAUUUAUUUAUUUAUUUAGCUUUUGCCUUUUCUGGAUGGAGUGUAAACACCCCGAGUGGAGGGAUCUUUGUUGAUAAUGAUACAUGCCUGACAUAUCUCAAACACCUCGAAUACUGGUUUGCAUGUGGUUAUCGCUCAAUGCACAUUUGCUGAAUAAAUAAAGGAUUGACUUUUUGUGGGGGGCACAAGUAAGGGAUGAUCUGAAAAUGUUUUGGGAAAUGUAAUACAUGCCAGUGGCAUUAUCAUUAUAAUUAUUAAUGUAUAACUAGGCAACCAGUGACCAAUAAAGUUCAAUGUCAAGUGCUAAA